AUGGCAGAAUGGACGUUUGCGAGCAGUGCUCACGACUUUUGGUUCCAUCACGUUCGACAAUGCACAACAUCAAUCCCAGCCGCUCAUCACCUCGCAGUCGCUCUUGCAGGCAGGUACAAGAACACGUCUGACCUGACUUCGGACCAGCCCGCCUUUGCGUCCGGACAGUAUCUGCAAGCCCUGUCCUGCCUCAAUCGAGAUAAGGACAUCAUUUGUGUGGACACGGUACUCCUGUGUUGUGUCUUGAUAGCCGUCUACGAGCAUCUUGACCCACAGAUCAAGUGUCACGCAGGUUUGUCGCAUCUCGCCGCGGCUUUUCGCAUCAUGAACGACCCCAAUACCAAGUGGACACCGGCCACCAGAGCGAUCUAUUCCAUAGCUAUCCAAGUGGAGACGGUGGUCUCCAUAUUCAAAACUCCCAUCUUUCGUGCUGGCGCGGAAACUACCAUCACCAUUGAUCAGAGUCUACCACAUCUUCCAGAAUUUUUCUACAGCCCCCUUCAGAUGCAGCGGAAGUUCUUCGAAAUCUUCCGCUGGCGGUUUCGGUAUGCCCUUUGCCACAAGGAAUGGACCAGUUAUUGUUCGGGUUUUAAUCAGCUCCACAAACUGCUACGCCAAUGGUUCGGGUUGGUUUGCAACUAUAUCAUCCGGGCUGAUGGGCAGAAACCAACGGGCGAAGAACUCCAGCUUGCUAAGACAAUGUCGGUCCAGUUUCGGAUGAUGUAUGCUGCUCUUUGGUACUCGAUAAGUGAAGAAAGCCCCAAGUAUCAACAUCCCGGUCAUGCCAAUAUUGUUGACUUGUCAAGACCCGACGCAGUUACUGUUUUUGUUCCUGUCAAGAUUGAUCCUCAAUACGACAGCCGGGAGAUGCAGUUGCAGUCUGAUACUCGUCACAAGCCGGUUGGGAUCUGGCCCGAUAUCGAAAUUAUCACCUCUCCUGAUCAAUCUCGUUAUGUACGGAUCACAGCAUUUGAUAGUGGUCAUGGUCAAGAUGGUGAUGUACGGGAACCAACCAAGAGGUACCAUCCACCGGGAAACAAACACUCGUUCAACACCUUGAUGUCCCCAAGGAUUGCUCUCAUGGAAGGAGUCGCUCUCUAA